AUCGAGUCCUGUCAUUGUUUACAUUCGUAAAUAAAUAAUGCGGUAAUUAAAGUAAUUAAAAACUAAACAAUUAAGUGAUAAUAAAAUAUAUAUUGAAAUAAACAAAUAAAAUAAAAUAAAAUGUGCGACGUACCAGAGUCGUACACAAUCGGCGCGAAAUAUCGCGCGGUUAAAAAAAGACUCGACUGUCUAGGUUAUAAACAAUCGUUAUCUCUAGACUCGAUAUCUCUUGUAGAACAACUACUUGCUGAUUUAAUAAAAACAACUGAGAGUUUAAAAUAUUACAAGAGUGUAGCUGCAAAUAAUAUCGAGAACCGCAACCCGCAGACUUCUUUUAAACUCGACGGUUCACUAGAGAGCAAUAAAAUCCAUGACGAACUGAUCCAGUGCAAGGAAAAUCACUUGAAGGUAACCAAAGAAUUAAAGAAAAAAAUUCAGAGACUGGAGAACGAGUGCGCGGACCUGCAGCUGGCGUCCUCGAGGAAUUUAAAAAAGAUCAAAGAUCUGGAAACUGAGUCUGCGAACAAGUCCAAGAGGAUCCAGGAACUUCUGGGAAAGUGUUGCAAACCAACUGUCAGUAACGCACUAGGUAACAAAAAACGAGCGGUAUUUCCAUUAAGGAAACCAGUACUAGAAGCUGAUGAAUUACCAGUCGAUGCUAGUGAUAAUAACCGAUAUUUAAAUCUCAGUACACCCGAUCAGCGAACUGUCGACUUGGUUUCGAUGGCUGACAGAAAAAUCAGUUCAUUAAAUCAUGAAGUCUUAAAAUUGAAAGCUGAAUUAUCCCAGCAGAAGGAUAACAUUCAUACAUACAGAGAGCAGCUGUCGCUGAAGGACAAAGAGUUGUAUCGAUUGAAGAAGAUGCUGGAGACGCGGAUCGGUAGCUGCACUUGCAGGAAAAACGAGCGCUGCAUUGAAUGUAAUGAUGGCUGGAGUGGACAGAAUAAAUUCUCAGAGAUAAACGAAGUCCGAGUGCUGCAGCAGGCAAAGCUCAACUUGGAACAGCAGUUAAGAGACGCUCUGGACAAGCAGCAUGACGCCAUGACCCAGGCGAUGAAGCUGGCGGAGAGAAACGAGGAGCUGGAGAAAGAACUCAAGGAUAUUGAUCACAUCGCGCUGGCGGUCGAGGCUGAUUGCAAUUCUACUGUCAAGGAAAAUAAUAAGCGAGUUAGUCAGCUGCAGGAGAAAUUUGAAAAUGCAAUGACGCAAAUUCAUCAACUAGAGACAAAUCUACUGGGAGAAAAACGCACGAGUCAAGAACUCCGUGCGGAUUUGGAGAGUUGUCGAGUGGAAAAACGAAACAUUCAGCGGAAGCUGGAAGAAGUACAGGAAGAAAACAGACAACUGAAAAACCGGGUUAAUGAUUUGGAAUUAAUUGAAGAGCACUUGAAUGUCGAAAUCGGUAGACUAUCACACGAAAAUCAGAAUCAGAGAUUUGAAUUAGCGGAGUUAAGGGAAGCAAACUCUCUACUUACGCAGCAAUUAAACAAUAAUAACAUCAAUAACAAUAACAAUAACAGUAACAAUGAUAGUAACAAAAAAAAUAACAAAACUGACAGUAGAAAAAUAACAAACACUAGAGCUUCUAACAGUAAGAGCACAGGAAAAACUGACAAACGGGCGUCGAAUGACAAAGCCAACGGGAUGAGCAAACAAAUUGCUGAUAAGGAUGACAAAAUAAAACAAUUGGAAAAGACGAUCCAGCAAUUGGAGCGGGAUAAAAAUUAUUAUAGAGAGGAGUGGAAUAAAUUGUCUAGUCAAAGGAAGGAUGCGGACACGACUGAAUUAUGGUCACAAAUAUGCGAAUUAAAGCAGCAAUUAAAUGAAAAGGAAGUAAAAAUAACAGAACUGCAGCGCGAACGUAAAGAAUUAGCUCGUGAGAAAUUUGAACUUGAGAAUAAAUUACAAACAUGCAGGAGUCUGGGCUCCUGCGGCUGCUACUCGACUGACAACGGAUCCAAAAUUUCUCUAAUGCGCGUAGAACGCGAGCGAGAUUCUGCGCGCGCCGAUGCUGAGCGUUUGAUUGAGGAGCGGGAUAUUUUACGGGAACGUCUCAAGUUAGCGACAGAAGCGCAUACGAGUGAGCAAAGACGACUUAGAGAACGUCUACGCGACUUGGAACUGAAGCUAGAAGAAGUGGAACGAGAGAAACAUAAUUUUGUACUGAGCCAAGAGAGCAGAAGAUCUGCGCUGACUGGACUUGAAGAUCAGCUAGAAGAUGCUAAGGAAGAGUUGCGAAGAACUAAGCAGGAGUUGGCGGCACAGAGGACUCAAUAUUUUCAAUUGAGGGCGCUGCAAGAUCAAACGGACCAGGCACUGGGGGACGUGCAGAGUCAGUUACAUCAAUCGGAAGCUGAGCUGGCGAAAGCUGUCGAGCGUAAUAGAAAUUUGGAGCAGCAACAAGUGCAAUUGAACAAUCAAGUAAAGGAUCAGAAACAGGAAAUAAAUACUUUGCGCUCGAGUAUGGCGAGAUUGGAUCGAGAAAAAGAUCAGUUGCUUAUGGAGCUAGACGAGAAGACUGAAAAAAUAUCAGCACUAGAACGCGAAGUUGUGCUAAAAGAGCAACAAACGAACGGUAUUGAGCAACAGCUCCGUGACUUACAACACAAAAAUCAAAUAUGCAUGGACACGAGCGCUGAGCAGGAACGACAGUUGCGCAACAUGCAGAUGGAACUAGAGAACAAUAAUCGUCAAUUGGCGGGAGCAAAUGCAGAUCGGGACAACGCUGUUAUGGAAAAUCGACGGUUGCAAGACGAUUUGGCGGCAGUGACAUGUGAAAUUAGGACACUACAGCGUGAAUUGGAGGCUUCACGUGCUGAGUCUCACGAUCUUAAAAGGCAGUUGCAGACUUACGUCAGUGAAGUACGACGUGCUGAAGAAUUACUCAACAGAAAAGAAAAUGAACGCACUGAGAUGCUAAAUCACUUCCGUAGUCUCAGUUUAGAAGCCACAGUUCUCGAAAACAACAACCACAGUCUCGAGUCCGAAGCUGCAGAAGCUCGAGGGGCAUUACAGUCCGCCCGAGAUCGAUUAAUCGAUCUCGAAAGACAGCUCGCUGACAAAGACUGUCUUAUUCACGGUUACGAAGCUCAGAUAACAGAGUUAACUCAGAAUGUCGCCAGUCUCGAAACCCAAGUGCGCCAGCAACUAGAAUUAAGAAAAACCGCCGAAACUGAUCUCAACGCAGUCCGCGAUCUCUGCGUCCAGCUCGACCAGCAAAAGGAAUCAUUGAAAAAAGAGAUAAUUGACAAAGAAUCACUCAUUGUUCAGUACGAAACCAAACUGUCUCGCGUCAAAGUCGAGCAAAACUUAGUCCAGGAUCAAAAGUCACGCGACUACGUGACCAUAGACCGGCUUCAAAUGCUUCUAGACCAAGCGCGGCGUGAAUCCGUCGAGUGUCAAAAAAAUAACCAGGAACUUCUCAAUGAAAUUGAUCGUAUGAAGCAACGGAUCAAUGAUCUCCAGAAUAAAUUAUCAUCAGAGUCCGCGGAAUUAAAAAGAUGUCAAAAUCAAGCCGCGGAAUACAGCAACCAGAUCGCGGAUCUCAGGCGGAAGGUAACUGAUGAAAGGUUCAAUCGCGCUAGAAAAGAAGAAGAACAUCGAAGAAAUUAUAAUUAUGAUCAAAUGCACAUGGCGGGAGAGCCUGCGCAGUCGAUGGGAAUUUCGCCGACGAGAGUUGACUUCAGUUCACCUCAGGAAUUAGGAACUAAUCUCAGAUUACAUGAUGGGCCUCCAGGUGCAUCACCUCCGAGGAGUAAUCGUACAAAUGCAGUAACUCAUAAAGACAGAGAUGACGUUGAUACUUUUACGGAUAUGGAAUCAUUUAUUAUUAAUUAUCAACAAGAGGCACCAAGUGAACAACAAGAUGGCGGUCCUCCAAAUUCACAAGAUGGCGGUCAUCCAAAUCCACAAGAUGGCGGUGAUAGAAAUCCAGAUGGCGGUAAUUUGAAUUUUCAAAAUAGCGCGGGAAAUUUGAAUUUACAAAAAAGCGCGGGAAAUUCAAAAAAAAGAAAAUUAAGUUUUUUACCAUGUGGUAAAUCUUGUGGACCUGAUGAUAAAGUGACACCAUGUCCUGGUAGUAAACGUGAUAAAUCAAUUGGUACAAAUACUGAUGGUAGUAAAAAGCAUAGAAAAAAGACACAGACUGAUAAAAAUUUAUUACAAAGGCCGGAUGUCGUUGAUGUUGAAGUAUCAGUACCUGGUUUAGUUGAUGAAUCUGUUGGAGUAUCAGCUGAUCAAUUACCUGAUAGAUCUGGAGCACAGCAAGCUCAUGAUAGAUCUGGUCUACAACAGGGUCAUAGUGAUGGUUCAGAGCAGAAUGAUGAUGCUGGUCUACAACAGGGUCAUGAUGAUGCUGGUGAUCAGCAGGUUGAUGAUAGACCUGGACAACCAGCACAUGAUAGAUCUAGAAGACGUGAUAGAUCUAGACCAGAAGAAGAUGGAGAUCCACAGGAACAUGAUGGUGGAAGUGGACGAAAUAAACGGGGGAGUAAAAAAAAAUCUACAUCACCUGAAGCAGUACCUGGUCCAAGUGGUUUACAGAAAAAAAGCAACAAGUCUAACAAAGAUGAUGACUGCGGAUGUACGGAAAGUAAUAAAUUACGUGGAUGUCUUGUCCAUGAAGAGCCUGAACCAGAGAUGGACGAAUUGUUUGACUCCACUGGAUCGGUGGUUGAGAAAACGUUCGAUGACGUUCAUAAUCUGACGAGGACCAUCCAGGAGAGACUGGACUCGAUCAACGAAACGAUAUCAGACGCAAGGAGAGACUCAAGACCUGUGGGCUCAAGGAGAUCAGGAAGCGCGAGCUUUAUUUUGGAAACCAGUCCAUCAACUGACAGAGUUGUCAUCGAGGAGUCGAGCACUUCGUUGGUUAUCGAGACGUCCAGGACACCUAGAACUAGACGAAGUAGUGGAAGACCAGGUCCUUCAUCACUGGAACCAGAACCUGAAACUCCUCAGAGGAGAAUUCCUACGCCUACGGUACCUCCGCCUUUAGCCAAAGCUCCUAAGAAACGGCUGGUCAGGAAGACAGUUCCUCAGGUAGCUUCCGCUCCAGCAGCAUCUCCAAUGAGACAACCAGUGCCUGUAUCAACUAGAACUUCACCAGUACAACCUGAACAAGUUCAAGUUCCAUCUAGACCAUCAGCUCAGGUUCAACCUAGACCUUCACCUAGACCACCACUUCAAUCAUCAACUAGACCACCACCUAUUCAAACACCAACUAGACCACCACCAGCUCAAUCAACUAGACCACCACCAGUUCAAUCACCUAGACCAGGACCUGCUGAAGCUUCACCUAGACCAGGACCAGAUCAAGUACCACCUAGACCAGGACCAGAUCAAGUACCACCUAGACCAGGACCAGUUCAAGCUCCACCUAGACCAGGACCAGUUGAAGUUCCACCAAGACCAGGAUCAUUUGAAGCUCCAUCAAGACCAGGACCAGUUGAAGCUCAACCUAGACCAAGACCAGAUCAAGGUCCACCAAGACCAGGACCAGUUGAAGUACCACCUAGAUCACCAGCUAAAAAAUCAAAAACCAAAAAACCUCCAGCCCAAUGUAAUUUAUCCCGGUGUCAUAAAUGUCCAGGACAAUCACGAAUACCAACAAGACCAUCACCCCACGUCCAGUUCCCUCAAAUUUUAAAUCUACUGCCACUUCACACAUCCAGUCCCAUCACGAGUCAUCAAACGAUUUCUAACCCUAAGCCAUCUCACCACUACUUCUUACGGUCCCAUGCCAAAAAAGUCUACACUACAAAUCCCACCCAAGCCGGGUCUUCCCAGGACUUGCCCACUGGCGCCACCCAGCGGCGCUCCCACUCACCCUCUGGAGAAACCAGGCGGCACACGUCUCGUCGCAGGCAUUCAAGGGAGAGUUCUUCGGGGACUUCUGGGUCUUCUAUAAGAAUCACGCGUAAGAAAACUCGUAAAUUGUCAACGGAGUCGGAAUAUGGAAGUUGAUUAUUUGAAUUUAUAAAUAAUUGUACUUUUAAUUAAAUAAAUAAUUAAU